AUGGGCGUGGCUCCCUGGUAUCAGACUUCGGUACUUCCAAGAGAUGACGUCUACUAUGAUUUUCAUGACGCAAACCCAGAUGCAGAGGAAUGCUGCUUCGUGAUGCCUAUGGAGUUGGAAAAACUAGAAGGGAUGAAUGUGAUAGAUUACCUUCGCAGCUACACACAAAUCAAUGUGAGACGCGAACAAAUGUAUGACAGAAUAUACAAUAAAUGGUCAAGCGAAGCUGGACUAAAGACAGAGCAUAUUCUACCAGCAAUGCGUGAAAUUGUGGCUUGUGAUGUCACCGACGGUCAUGUGGCACUUAUUUUCAAGAUGGUCGGCAUCAAACCUGAGGAGGAAACUGAAGUGGACAGUCACACUUUCCGGUUAAUUUGUGCGGCUGCAGAGAGAGUGAUAUUUUCUAAACUGCUAAAAGAAGGUGGAGCACCUUGUGCAUUGAGACCAAUGCUUGAAAUAGCAGAAUUCCAACGUUUCCUACGAGAUUACAAUCGACUAAAACUGCGUCCGGAGCUGGAAAAAUUCUUAGACUUGAUAACCAUAUGAAUUUGUAAUCAAAAUAUAUCAAUGGUAAAAGGUUAUCCUUGCUACACUUUCCGACAAAUGUACCCACCCCACAAGUGCCAGAGAACUCAACGCGGCAGAAAACUAAUUGUUUCAUGGUGUAAACUACUGGUUAUGCAGUUAGUAGGCUAAUCCAAUUUUAUCUUUCAAGUCCCACACGUGUCGUUUUGUGUAAAUUUAGUCGUCUUUUACUGCGCUAUAAACUAGCACAGUUGCUUGAAUCAAAUAAACUUAAUUUAUUG